AUGAUCGUAAACCAGUCUAGCAUUAUUCUCGCUCUUGGCUUGACAGCCGCGGUUGCCACCCCUGUUCGCCGUCAACUCCCACCUUCCACCCGGGUUCAGAUGCAUUCCUCCUGCAGUGCUUCCCAAAAGCAAACUCUUAACAAGGCUCUCGACGACAUGAACAAACUGACUAUCCAUGCCACCAAACGCAUUCUGGACAAAACCUACGAGGACCCUGUAUACCAGACUUACUUUGGUAAUGGAGAAUCUGCCACUGUUGUGGGCUAUUACGGAAUCCUGACUGCCGGGAAGGUGUUCUUUUCCGACGUCGACAACAAAUGCUCGCAACCCGGUUGGGCCGGUCACUGGCGCGGGGAAGUCGCUCCUUUGGAAACCGUCAUCUGCCCCCUCUCUUUCAACACGACUGCCCGUAAACCUCUCUCCGCCCUCUGCCAGGACGGAGACCGCUUCUCGCAACACAAGACCAACUACUUCCUCUCCUCCGAUUUGAUGCAUAGGCUUUUCCAUGUACCCCUCAUCAACCCCGAGGAACGCGUCGACCACUAUGCCUCCAAUUACACUGAGGUCACCGCUCUCGCUGCCGCCGACGGUGAUAAGGCCGAACACAAUCAGGAUUCGUACAUGUACUUUGCCUUGGAUGCGUACGCCCGCGAUGACGUCAAUCCUCCUAAUGGAUGCGUUUGA